GUUCUAGUGUGAGAACAAGGGCAACAAUACUGAUUUCCCCAAAAUUGUCUGUUAAAUGAGCCACGAAAAUUAAAGACAAGGGGAGGUGCGUGGAACAAAAGACGAGGAAUUUAUCCCCUCAUGACUCGGUGCAUGACAUGAAAAAGGAGGAGGCUGAAGGCCUGAACACCUGCGGAGAGAAAAGCAAAGAAGAAACAGAGCUGCAGAGAAACAAAACAAGAGUUCACCCCUCGACUGUCUGGGACCCGUUCGACUGUUCUCGCCAACGCCUCGUCCUUGGACCCUUAAUCAGUGAAAAAAGUGAUUCAAACGAACUGGGUACUUUGCAAUUGUUCCACACGGUCCUUUCGCCGAUCUGAUCGAGUUUGAGGCUGUAACAGCUGUAAAAGAGCUGUCAUGGAUAUUUUAUCAUGGGAUGGAACCCUCUCAUCAGGUGAUUUUCGUCUUGCUGCUUGUGCUUUUAUGCAGAAAUGGAAAAGCGUUAUGUCAGCUUUCCCUCCGUGGUCAUGGGUCCCUUGUCCAAAACAACCUUGGGGUGCUUCAGCUUCUCAUGAUGUGGAAGGAUACUUAUCAUUGGAGAACAUAAUUCUCAGUUGCUAUGCACAGGAAGAACAUGAUGAAAUAAGUUGCCCUCAGAAAGAAGAGACAAGUUGCUCCGAGAAAGAGGAGCUCAUUGAUAUUGCCACCUUAGUCCAGAGCAAUUGCAGCAAAGUACCUUACUAUGAUCUUCAUAUAAUAUAUAGUGCUUCAUACAGAGUUCCAGUGCUAUUUUUUCGUGCUUACUACAGUGAUGGAGAACCUUUAGGGUUUAAUGCAAUCGAAAAAGACCUUCCUGCUCACUCUGCGAAAGCAUUGUUGGAUUCAAAAUGGACGUUCAUAACCCAGGAGAUCUGUUCGGUAGUGAUGGGAAGAGAUGAAAGUCAGACGAAUCGCAAACACCCACUGGAUGAAAAUCAAAUGAACAAGACGAAAAUCAGACGAACGAGCAGAGACGAAAAUCAAACGUACGAAAAUCAGCACUGAUGUUGUAUUUGGUAGCGACUGAUGGGCAGAGGAAGCGGUCUGGUAAGAAAGAGAACAUUAAAUUGUAUUAAAAAAAGAAAAAGAAAAAGAAAGUGUGGUGGCCGUUCAAGACACCCCCACCUCUAUUUUUUUAAACACGAAAAUUUGGUUUUUUAUAUUUUGGAAAUUAGCUUUUGUU